AUGUUUCAUUGCAUCCCGCUGUGGCGGUGCAACCGUCAUGUGGAGAUUAUCGAUAAGCGCCACUGCUCGCUGGCCGCCGUGCCUGAGGAAAUUUACCGCUACAGCCGCAGUUUGGAAGAGCUCCUGCUGGACGCCAACCAGCUCCGCGAGCUGCCCAAGCCUUUCUUUCAGCUCAUAAAGUUACGAAAACUUGGACUUAGUGAUAAUGAAAUUCAGCGACUUCCUCCAGAGAUCGCAAACUUCAUGCAGUUGGUAGAACUUGAUUUGUCUCGAAAUGAUAUUCCUGAAAUACCUGAAAGUAUCUCUUUUUGCAAAUCAUUACAGGUAGCAGACUUCAGUGGUAAUCCCCUCACCAGAUUGCCUGAAAGCUUUCCUGAACUGCAGAAUCUAACAUGUCUAUCCGUGAAUGAUGUCUCUCUGCAAGCAUUGCCUGAAAAUAUUGGAAAUCUAUAUAACCUGGCAUCGCUGGAAUUAAGAGAGAAUCUACUGACAUAUUUACCUGAGUCAGUUGCCCAGCUGCAGAGACUAGAAGAGUUGGACCUAGGGAACAAUGAACUUUAUAAUUUGCCAGACACUAUAGGUGCACUUUAUAAUCUUAAAGACCUCUGGCUGGAUGGAAACCAGCUCGUAGAAUUACCUCAGGAAAUAGGAAGCCUGAAAAACCUGCUAUGUCUGGAUAUCUCUGAAAACAAACUGGAAAAACUCCCUGAAGAGAUAAGUGGUCUGACAUCUUUGACUGACCUGCUCAUCUCUCAGAAUCUUCUUGAGGUGCUACCAGAUGGUGUAGGAAAGUUAAAAAAGCUAUCCAUCUUGAAGGUCGACCAGAACCGGCUUGUUCAGUUAACAGAAGCGGUAGGAGACUGUGAAAGCCUUACUGAAUUAGUUCUCACAGAAAACCAGCUGCUAACUUUGCCGAAGACCAUUGGAAGGCUAAAGAAGCUGAAUAUACUGAAUGUUGACAGGAACAAACUAGUAUCUUUACCCAAAGAGAUUGGUGGAUGUUGCAAUCUAAAUGUUUUUUCAGUACGAGACAACCGGUUAUCUAGGAUUCCUCCUGAAUUAUCCCAAGCCACAGAACUUCACGUCCUAGAUGUAGCUGGAAACAGGUUGCUACAUCUUCCCAUGUCACUCACUAGCUUGAAGCUGAAAGCACUGUGGCUGUCUGAUAACCAGUCCCAGCCUCUGCUGACAUUCCAGACAGACACAGAUCCCGAAAUAGGAGAAAAGAUUUUAACAUGUGUUUUACUUCCUCAAAUGCCUUCUGAGCCUGGUUGCCAAGAGAACCUGCCCCGUUGUGGUGCACUGGAGAGCUUGGUAAAUGAAAUGUCAGAUGAAACAUGGAAUGAACGGGCAGUAAACAGAGUCAGUGCAAUCCGCUUUUUAGAAGAUGAAAAAGAUGAAGAGGAUAAUGAAAUGAGGACACUUCUAAGGCGAGCCACUCCUCACCCUGGGGAAUUAAAGAACAUGAAAAAGACAGUGGAAAAUUUACGGAAUGAUAUGAAUGCUGCUAAAGGACUGGAUUCAAACAAAAAUGAGGUCAAUAAUGCCAAUGACAGAGUGACCACUUCUGUGUAGAGACUCGCGUCCUCCAGAUUUUUGCCUCCUGUGUCUUCCCCCUGCUGUUGAAUCGUUACUGUUGCAUCCUGGGAUAUCAUUCAAUCAACUUUCAUGUGUUUAACCAGAAAUCCGAUCUGACUCAUCUCGUCCUUGUGUCAUUUCUUUGGAGGGUGCUUCUCAUUGGAAGAAAAGUGCCUUAUUUCAGUCCAAGCAUUUGAACGCAGAGGGCGCAGUGCACUGAGAAAUGCCUCCCACGGUCUUGUGCUUUGCUUGCACAGCUCCUGUUUGUUGGCUGGUGAAUUAUUCCCAUAAUUUCCAGUGUUGUCAUUUUAAUAGAUUUUAAGCUUUCUGUUUCUUUUCUUUCUUUUUUCUUUUUGGAACAAGGAAAACACACUAUUUUGGAAUCAUGCGUCUCAUAACACGGGAUUUUUCUGUUGGGUGGGGUUUUAUUUUUGUCCUCUUUUUUUUGGCCUUUUAAAGGGCUGGGGUAUUUAUAUUGCCCGCUUUGACGUACAAUUAAAAAUAGUUUAUCGAGAACUGAUAAGUUUUUACCUCUUUGGCAGCUCAGAUGGUGUAAAUUUUAUAACUUUGUAUAGGAAUUUCUUAGCAAACGUUGUAUUUCAUUUUUUAAAGAAAUUUAAAUGGUACAUUUUACUAUUUGUGCAAGAGGAAUUCCAUGGAUAUUCAUGUUUGUUGUAUCUUACAUGUGCCUUAAUGCAACCCAUAUCAGAUUAAACAAAAAAUAAGGAACAGUGAGAUUAGUUUAAAUAAGGUAUCUCUUUAGAUAUGCUGUUUUGCAAACAAUUAGCAUUUAAUUUCCCUUUGCAAACCUAUUUUUAAAUUACCUUCAUUCUAUCAUCAUGAUGAUGCUAGAGUUUAAAUAGCCACUGCCUUAUGAUGUGCACUGACACACUUUUUUAAAAAAAUGUUCAUAAAGAAAUCAUGUUGGCUGCUGAAACAUUUGUAGUUACUAAAUUUCAGGUGCCCACUUUUAAAUGUGCCAUUUGUAAACCAUUUUAAAACGGAACAAAAUGCACAACAGCAGGUUCAUAAGUUGUGAAAAUGAAUGUUAUAUACUAUACAGGCAUGAUAUUUUCAGAUCUACUUGGAAGGUUUUAUAUCUCUAUAAAACCUAAUAAAACACUAAAAAGUCUUAGUGAUUCAGUAACCUUUUUAUUCUAGUACUAAAACUACUACUAAAAAGGAUGUGUAUUAAUUUGAGUUAUAUGUCAUACUAUCCACUGUUCAGUGCUGACCCCUAAAACGAUUGCUCAGAUUUAUUUUGAAAUAUACUGUAAAUUCCUGAGGCUGAUACCCACUGUUUAUUUGCUGGAUAAAUAGACUCAAAUAAAACAGAUGUUGCUUUACAAGGUAGCUUUGUUAGUUGCUGCAGGCUGGCCAAAGAAUGGAUAAGGAGACAGUUCAGCAUCCAGACAAAUGUGAAUUAUUUCAGAAAAACUCACUUUGUGUCCUCGUUGUGCCAAAUGAAAACAUACCCAUGGUUGCUUAAUGGAUUGCACAGGCAGAUGGGAAAUCUUCAAAGCAUAUAAUACAGCAUUUUACGAGCCUGAAACCAACCAAAUUACUUUUGUGAAUUAACUGUAUGUUUCUGAGCAUGCUGUCCCCCUCUGGAACUCUUAUUUACAUACUAUGAGAUCAUAAGGGCUGUGGGGGGAGGGGGUUGGAGUGCAUCUGUCUGAGUGUGUGCUGUAACAGAGUGUAAUUGCAAUUUGGGGUGGAAACAGAAAACUCUUAGUUUCUUAAUAUGGAUUAUCAUUGUGUUUUUCCCUGUCCCGUCAUCACCUCAGAAGCAAUAGAAGAAGGGAGGUUACCAGGGGGAACCCAAACUUCACAUUUUUCUAUGGAUGUUUUUGUCUGUAAAGCAUCUGUUUUGACAUGCAUGUAAAUAUAUUAAGGAAAAGACUGUGUAGGUGGAUUAUUGUUACAAAAGCAUCUGUGAAAAGAUCUGCUUGUUCUUAAUGCACCGUGUGUUCUUCAGGAAAAGCAGCUUUGGACUAUUAUGGCUGUGAAGGAUGCCCCCCAGAAACACUUAGCUCCUUCUUCAGCUUUUCCUCAUUACAUUUACAGUAAAACUCAUGACUGCACCAUAGGCUAGAUCUGGAGCUUUGCCAACUUUUGUUGUGUGUAAGGGUUUUAUUUUAAGUGGGCCUUGCAGGGAGCCUCUCCAGAGAGUUCAGAAAGAAACAGUUUAUAAAGUAGAUGAAAGUAGAUGAAGAAAGUGAUACAGCAUUGUGCAAAUUUUAGAAAAACGCCUUUUCCACACCUGAGUUGGAGUCGGAACACUAGGGGAGUCUCACUCAAAGUUUUCAGCUGGUCUGUAAUAACUGUGUUAAGGGGUGAUUUUAUGAUGCAUGUAUAUUCCUUGUGUUACCACUUGGUUCCUCAACACUUGAAGAAUAGCAGCCGAAGUGGUGCAUUGACUACAUAAGUACUUGUUUGGUUAAGAUAAAUUGUGGUAGUUCACAGAACAGAAAGUUCUCCAUCCUUUCCUUCCAGCAGCCAUUGUUCGGGGUGGGGUGGGGGGGACUUGAUCCUUCAGAGAGACUUGGGGCAGGGAAUGCAGCUAGCUGCAGAGUGGAGGAAGGGGUGGAAAGCUUCUAAACUUCCUUAGGUUAACAUAUCUUAAGUCAAGCCAUUGUGUUUGAUGGAGUAUGGACAUUAGACUUGAAGAGAUCCAGGUAGCUUGCAUUUUGAUCCCUGCAAAAUUAAGAAAUGAUCAUGUUUGUGUGAGCCGUCCCUGCCAAGAAAAGGGUCAUUUUUGUACCUGGUGAACAUGGUUGUUUAGUGGUUCAAUCCUGCAGUGUGUGGGCAAAACAUACAUUAAAUUCUUUGUCUCUCCAGGUGUUGUUUAUAAUUUGUUUGGUUAAUCUUUGCUUAUAAUGUACAUUGCUCUGACAUAAACUUUGGUUUCUGUUUUCAAA